AAACGGGGAAUUGAUGCAGUAAAUGAAAGCAGAAGAGUGUACCCGCCAAGUACAUGAUCUUCUUUGAGCUACUCACCCGCAUCAAAUAGACGCACUUUCGUAUUCGUAUUCGUAUUCGUACCCUAGAGAGAGAAACUUCACAGAGCUAGAGACAGAGAGACAGAAAAUUCCUCUCUACUUGUUCUUCUACUUGCUAAUUUUCUGGAUUUGUGUUCUUCAUGAUCGUGCUUUUCUUCAACGGAGAUUGAAUUUCACACUCUAACUUGUUGUGGAAAUGAAAGAGACCGAGAUGGGAAGUAAAGAUGAAUUAAUGGAGGCUCUCAAGAAGGAAGCUGUUGAUUUGGAGAACAUACCGAUUGAAGAGGUUUUUGAGAAUUUGAGAUGUACCAAAGAGGGACUCUCACGCGAGUCCGCUGAACAGAGACUUGCCAUUUUUGGGCAUAACAAGCUUGAAGAAAAGAAGGAGAGUAAGAUUUUGAAGUUUUUGGGGUUUAUGUGGAACCCUCUUUCGUGGGUCAUGGAAGCUGCAGCUAUUAUGGCCAUUGCCCUUGCCAACGGAGGAAGAAAACCACCUGAUUGGCAGGAUUUUGUUGGGAUCAUUACUCUGCUUUUUAUCAAUUCUACUAUAAGUUUUAUUGAGGAGAACAAUGCUGGUAAUGCUGCUGCGGCUCUCAUGGCCCGCCUUGCACCGAAAGCAAAGGUUCUUCGUGAUGGAAAAUGGAGUGAGGAAGAUGCAGCUGUUCUUGUUCCAGGUGACGUAGUUAGUAUUAAACUUGGUGACAUAAUCCCUGCAGAUGCUCGUCUCCUUGAGGGUGACCCAUUGAAAAUAGACCAGUCUGCACUGACAGGUGAGUCCCUUCCUGUAACAAAAAGCCCCGGGGAUGGGGUUUAUUCAGGAUCCACUUGCAAACAGGGAGAGAUUGAAGCAGUGGUCAUUGCCACCGGUGUCCACACCUUCUUUGGCAAGGCUGCUCACCUUGUGGACAGCACAAAUCAAGUGGGCCAUUUUCAGAAGGUCCUGACUGCGAUUGGGAAUUUUUGUAUAUGUUCAAUUGCUGUGGGGAUGAUAAUAGAGAUCAUUGUAAUGUACCCAAUUCAACAUCGGCCCUAUCGUCCAGGAAUCGACAAUUUGCUGGUACUACUUAUUGGAGGAAUUCCCAUUGCAAUGCCUACAGUUUUAUCAGUGACAAUGGCAAUUGGCUCUCACCGUUUAGCUCAGCAGGGAGCCAUCACAAAAAGAAUGACAGCAAUCGAAGAAAUGGCAGGCAUGGAUGUACUUUGCAGCGACAAAACAGGAACUCUAACAUUGAACCGACUGAGUGUUGACAAAAGUAUUAUUGAGGUCUUUGCUAGAGAAGUAGAUGGAGAGGCUGUAGUUUUGAUGGCUGCUAGAGCCUCCCGAGUGGAAAACCAAGAUGCAAUAGACGCUGCUAUUGUUGGGACGUUGGCUGAUCCAAAAGAGGCACGGGCUGGCAUUCAAGAGGUUCACUUCCUUCCAUUUAACCCCACUGAUAAGCGAACAGCUCUGACGUAUAUUGACAGUGAAGGUAAAAUGCAUCGAGUCAGCAAAGGUGCACCAGAACAGAUACUGAAUCUCGCACACAAUAAAUCGGAAAUAGAGCGUAGAGUUCAUGCUGUGAUUGAUAAGUUUGCAGAGCGAGGGUUACGAUCUCUUGCAGUGGCUUACCAGGAAGUUCCUGAUGGAAGGAAGGAGAGUUCAGGAAGUGCAUGGCAAUUCAUAGGCCUCAUGCCUCUCUUUGACCCACCUCGACAUGACAGUGCAGAGACAAUUACAAGGGCUUUGAAUCUGGGGGUAAAUGUUAAAAUGAUCACUGGUGAUCAACUGGCAAUAGCAAAGGAAACAGGACGGCGAUUGGGAAUGGGAACCAAUAUGUAUCCUUCAUCUGCCUUGUUAGGACAGCACAAGGAUGAGUCAAUUGCAGCUUUGCCAGUUGACGAGCUGAUUGAAAAAGCUGAUGGUUUUGCUGGUGUUUUCCCUGAGCACAAAUAUGAGAUCAACAGAUGUAUCAAACAUAUCUUUGUUAGCCAACUGCUGCUAGGACUAUUCAAGUUACUAAUUUUAUUUAUAUCUUGGGUGUUAUUGGUACAGAUAUAUGCUGUUUCUAUUACAAUCCGUAUUGUGCUUGGUUUUAUGUUACUCGCCCUCAUAUGGAAGUUUGAUUUCCCACCCUUUAUGGUGCUGAUCAUUGCCAUCCUUAAUGAUGGUACCAUUAUGACAAUAUCAAAAGAUAGGGUGAAACCGUCUCCUCAGCCAGACAGCUGGAAGCUGUUAGAGAUUUUUGCUACUGGAAUCAUUCUUGGCAGUUACUUGGCCAUGAUGACUGUCAUUUUCUUUUGGGCGGCAUACGAUACAGACAUUUUUCCUCGUUUAUUUGGAGUUCCAACUCUCCAAAAAACGGCUCAUGAUGACUUCAGGAAGCUUGCAUCAGCCAUAUACCUUCAAGUGAGCAUCAUCAGUCAGGCUCUAAUAUUUGUGACACGUUCUAGGAGUUGGUCUUUUGUUGAACGUCCUGGCCUUUUGCUUGUGGUGGCUUUUAUUAUUGCUCAGUUGAUUGCUACAUUGAUCGCUGUUUAUGCAAACUGGAGUUUUGCUGCUAUUGAAGGGAUUGGAUGGGGCUGGGCUGGGGUGAUCUGGCUUUAUAACCUCAUAUUCUACUUCCCCCUUGAUUUUAUAAAGUUCGCUACCCGAUAUGCUUUAAGUGGAAGAGCUUGGGAUCUGGUUAUCGAGCAAAGGACCGCUUUCACACGGAAAAAGGAUUUUGGGAGGGAAGAACGGGAGCUUAAAUGGGCACAUGCGCAGAGGACCCUCCAUGGGCUGCAACCUCCUGAGUCCAAGGUGUUGUUCAGUGAUCGCAGUACUUUCACAGAUCUUAAUCAGAUGGCUGAAGAGGCAAAAAGACGAGCUGAGAUUGCAAGGUUGAGAGAACUGCAUACACUGAAAGGCCAUGUUGAAUCAGUUGUGAAGUUGAAGGGGCUUGAUAUUGACACAAUUCAACAAGCAUACACUGUUUGAGGGAGAUCUAUAUUUUACUUCCUUUUGGUAUAUAUAAUAGUGUCAAAAUCUUUAGCUUGGGAUCCAAUAGAUAAAAACCCCACUCGAAUCCCAUUUUUGUUGUUGAUCACCUAGAAGCUGCAACUUUAUUUUGAUUUGCGUAAUGACUUAAAAUGUCAGCACUUUCAUUUUGCUGCUCUGCCCUUAUGUUUUAAUUAUUAAUAUCGCUUGCACACCCCAUACUAGUUUCUGUGCUGAUGUGUGUUGUAACCAUAUGCCAUUUUCCCGAGCAUGGUGAAUGAAUUUUUUUUUUUGCCCCCUUAAAUCUUGGAUUUCUUCCCCAAACAAGUCCUCGCUGCUUGUGAGACUGGGUUGGGGACUUUGGUUUGUGGCUUGGAAACCAUCGUCCAUCUGUGAUUAGGCAGUACUUUAUAUGAAAUAGCCUUACAAAUCA